AUGUCCUCGGACGACGUCGUGAUUGAAUGGCUUCUAGCCUCUGACCCAGCGAUCCGCUGGCAAGUCCUGCGAGACAUUCUUGAUAGUCCCGAAGCGGUCUACUCGAGAGAGCGCCAUAAGAUCGAGAACGAGGGAUGGGGCGCUCAGCUUCGUUCGGUGCAAGAUCCCGACGGGCAAUGGGCUGGCGGGGGGUUCGCGCCGGCGGACAUGACGGCAAAAGAGUGGAAGGAGGUCGGGCAGCCUUGGACGGCGACGUACAGCGUGCUGCAGCAACUGCGUGAAUUUGGCCUCGACCCGUCGUCGGACUGGGCCAAGCGCACCGUCGAACUGGUAGGCGCGAACUCGCGCUGGGACGAGGGUGGCCAGCCGUUCUGGGAGGGGGAGACGGAAGAGUGCAUCAACGGCCAGACCGUCGGAAACGGAAGCUACUUUGGCGUGGACAUGUCGAGGCUGGUGCAGCGCCGCCUGCUGGGGGAGCGGAUGGAGGAUGGCGGCUGGAACUGCGAAAGAGCAAACGGCUCCGUGCGGUCCUCGUUCGCCACGACCAUUAACGUUCUCGAGGGCUUGCUCGAGCACGAGAAGGCGGGACGCGGGACCCCUGAGUCUGUCGCGGCGCGCAAGUCGGGCGAGGAGUAUCUCCUGAGGCGACAGUUAUUUCGACGGCUGAGCACGGGAGAGCCGGCCGACGUGGAGUUUUUGCGCUUCCUGCACCCGAAUCGUUGGAGGUACGACGUCUUGCGGGCGCUGGACUACUUCCGAGCCGUCGGGCAAUAUACCGGUGAGAAACCUGAUCCGAGGCUGAAGGAGGCCGUCGAACAUGUGAGGUCGAAGAGGUGUGAGGAUGGGAAAUGGGCCUUGGACUGGGACCUGCCAGGCCGAACGUGGUUCAAGGUGAAUGACGGCCCGGGGAAACCGUCGCCGUGGGUGACGCUUCGGGCCAUGCGUUGCCUCAAGUGGUGGGAUAAGCAUGUGCAAGGAGCAUAG